CAGAGUCUAAUUACAAGCUAAAAUGGCCGACACCGACCGAGAAGGUUGUGAGUGCGAUGACUGUGGUGAAUGCAGCUGUUGUAACUGUUCCGAGUGUCGUGUCGUUGAUUUAUAUCUUUAUAACUGUUGCCAUUGUUGCAAAACAUGUAAUUGUGGAUACCUGUGCUGUCCUGAAGAAGAAUGUCACUGUUGUAAAGCUUGUUGCAGAGACGAGGAAAAUAUUGGCCAUCAUUCCGCGGCUCAUUGGUGGCUUUGCUGUGUCGGUGGUUCUUGGGUUGGAUGUUGCAAUCAACGCAGACGUCAGGAGUCCCCGGAUGUUAAUACGCCGUCUGUGCACGAGGGAGCCGCUCAAUCUACUUCAAAAAAAAAAGCUAGUGAGGAAACUGUUACAUCGCAGCCAAUGAAAUCAUGAAUUAUAUAUAUCUACAUCUACCGAGUUUGAUUCCUUUAAUUUCUCACUAUACUUAUUGUUAUUCAUAGCUCUGUAGAAACUGACAGGACUCAAAUCUACAUGUACACGUCCCAUUUAUUGAUUGGUCGAAACCUACAGCGACAUGAGAAAAAUCACGGACUGCACAAAAUAACCAUGAUGGUGUCAAACUCAGAUUCCUAUAGAGACGAUUGGUUGUUUCUAUUAGCUAACGUAUUGAUGUUCAUUAACAGUAAUAUAGUUAAUUUUAUAAUUAUUUUUACAAUUUAUUAAUUGUUCAAAAAAAGAUUUAAUAUUUAACAACAAAAUAAUUUUUUUUGAUGAUUCAUAAGAAAUGAAGUUAGCGAUAACUGC